UUUGAAAUACAUAAAUUCAGCGAUUUCUUGGAGUAAUGCUCAGAUAUUUAAGUAAUUAAAACCAUGAAAAGAGUUUGACUUUUCAAAAGGAAAAAAUGGCGAAUCGUGAAGACUGAAGUGCUUUACACUUAAAGCUCAUGAGUUUAUCGCUCUACUGAUCCAUGACCUCAACCGCGGCUGCUGAUUGGCUGCCGAGUGACAACAGAAACCAAUCCAACUUUAAUGAGCCAGUGGUCCAUGAAGUAAUGAUGAUUCCUGAUCAAUGAGCUCAUGAACUGUCCAAUAAGAAAGCCUUGUUGAUGAAAAGACUCACAGAAAUCCACCGGGUGUUUUGCUUUAGCGUCAUGACGUCAUGAAGGAAGAAACAAACGGCCGCUUGGCUCCUGGCUUCGAUGUUCAACAACCUUUAAAACAACUAAACACCAUGCGGUGCGAGAAAGAAACUUACCCACUCUACGAGAAAAAAGUCGUGGGAAACAUCCAGCCAAAAGAAGAACCAAAAAAUGAAGAAAAAAGAAAGUUUCUUCGAGUCAUCGUCACUUCUCUCAUGUACGUUCUUGAACCGAUACUGCCAGACGACGGAGUCAAAGGAGAUGGAAAAAUCGCAAGUUUAUUGUAUCUGAUUUGUCUGACAACAGCAGGGGUGGUGUUCAAUCUUUCUAAAUGGCUCCAAGAUGACUCCAAAGCCGACUCAGGCGUUACAGCCGAUCACAUUGAUGGAUUUCUUAUCACUUGCAUUUGCCCAGCGCUUCUGUGGAUCUGCUACAUCUUCUGUAAACAAAGCGAUCGUAAGACCGUGGAUUUUAUCACACCCUCGCCUCACUCACACAGACCUCUCAUGGCUGGAGCCUAUGUUUUUGGCGCGGGAAGCUGUGUUAUGGAUCUUCUUCAUAUUACUUUUUAUAUUGAAUGCUCUUCGAACUUAUCCAGCCUAUUUUUCUCAAUUUUUAAGGCUGUUUUCAUCUUUGCGCAAAUUCUAUUUUUACGCAAAUUUGCCACGGCCACCCUCCACAAAUCACCAAGCAUUCGACUUGUACUUUUCCACAUACUUGGCACCAACGUGUGCCUGUGGUUUCGCGCGCUUUUUAGCCAUUCAAAAAGCAUCUUUAGUACGCGUAGAACACUCGAAGAUUUAAGCACACGCGAAGAGAACGCUUGCUUUGCAAAUCACUACUCUAUGAAAAAGAUUUGGGAGGCGUCCGAACCUUAUUUAUAUCCGUUUACGAUGGAAUAUUCGCUAAUUGCGGGUGGCAUCUUGUACACCAUGUGGAGCGGGAUGCGGGAUCUCGAUCCCGACCCGCAAGAUAUUUAUAUCUAUGACGAGCUCUCGGAUUUUAAUACGACUACGGAUAAUCUUAGCGAACGAUUAGAGAAAUUUGAACACGAUCACGGGUAUGGAACCUGCGAGGCUACUACUCCGUCAAGGGAUUCCGUGUCCAGUGGAAGAUUUUCCAGCCGUUUCUCGCUAAACAGAGCCAUGUCAAAUUCAUCGAUAUGUCAAUCAUGUGUCGAGAACCAGGAUACACUUCGCCUACACGCCAUCCCUAGCUCGGACCCAGGUCUUUUAAUAGGCCUUUUGUUCUCGAUCGUUUUGCUUCUCGCAGUUGGAUUGCUGUGGGUUGACCGCGACUCCAUAAACGCACUGAAGUUUUAUUAUCUUUAUCAAAUAAUAUUGCUGGUGUUUAUGUGUGUUGCCUGCUGGGUGGUGUUGCGUUGUUUGAUGAAUCAAAAAUUCACCUGGUAUCCUUUCGGAGCGGAUGACACGCUGUUAAUCGUAUCUUUCACUGGAAUGUUUCUUUACGCGGGUUUAUGCCUCACCGCCACCAUCGCCGAAAUCAGGAAUCACCGUUACGCUUCAGACUUCUCCCUCGCUAAAUCAACUCUGAUUCUUUUUCAAGCCAUGCUGCAAGCCACGGCUCUCAUAAAAGCACUUCGCUUCAGACCGCUCAAGGAACUGGGAGCGAAUAUCGUCCGACAAGGAACGCUGUUUCUGCUGACCACGAACGUGGCACUAUGGGCGCAGGAUUCGUUCUUCGAAAUGCGCAACUUUGCGACCACACCAAUUCAGACGGUGUUUUACGGUGAGACUUCGUGGAGAGCAAUAACUACCUUAGCUUAUCCUUUAUGCAUUUUCUUCCGCUUUCAUUCUGCAGCUUGCCUGUUUGAGGUUUGGUCUUGCUUUAGAGUAAAUAAUUUAAGCUAGAAAAAUCAUUAGUCUUAAUGUAGUUAAGGAACAGGCACCUUCUGAGGGCAAGAUUUUGACUGAGAGAGCAGUCCCUGUCAGCUGUUGCUAGGCAACAUGACGUAAUCUCAUUUCGUAAUGCUGACGUGAUUGUUCUCGGAGAACACGUCAACGUUCGCUCUAGAUUUUGAUUGGAUAAUAAUAAUCCGAAAAAUUUCCGAGUGUUUCAACGAAGAUUGGUUCAAAAACGGUACUCGUUCCUUCAUCUGUAAUCCCGGCUCAUGUUAGUGGAAAUCUUUCAUAUCUUUCAUGAUCUAUCUACUGCAAAUCGUCAACUUACUCGGCACGUAUACAACUCAAAAUCAUUUCUAGUUUCAAGAAAAAAAUGAACAAAGUAGCGACUAUAGACUUUUUAUUCAAUAAGCAGUUUGAUAGACUGAGAAAAUUUCCACUAUCAUGGACGUCUGGGUCACUCAUGAAAAAAUUCAUUCUCGUGGUCUUUUUGUUCAACAGAAUCUUUCUCGUUUUCCAAGCAUAAAACCUCGAGGUCUUGGAAGCUAACACAGCCGUCUCUCGUUCCCAGGGUCUCUUGUCUUCCCGCCUAGGGAAGACGAGAGACCCUGGGAACGAGGUUGUUUCACACAAUCACGUUUACGCUAUAUAUAAGAAGUAAUUUUGCAUGGGAAAUUUGUUUCACAAGUCAUAUUCGGCAAAACCGUCUAGCUAAGUUUGGCAAGAGGUCUCUCCUAGCCUUGAAUAUUACAGCUUUGCGUGGAAACGAAAAGAAUGAAAAUCGUUUUAUAUUCCAGGUCUUUAUUUACUAGACAAUUCAAAGCUCAUUUCUUUAUGCCAGUGUUUUUUUUUUAAAGAUUACUAACCAAGAUUGCUAAUCUCGUUCAAAUUUUGUUAUGUUAUAUUAUCAACCAAAAAACGCUUAAAGCUAAUUCAUGUAUAUAUUUUCAAGUAUUUAUUCUAGGUUUCAGAAACCAUUUUCAACAAUAACUGAUUUUAUUCGCUCAGGAGGGCGAUGAUUUCCCCUUGGAUAAUUUAAGGCAAGAUAGAUACGCUGUCAAAUUGGCGAUUUUGUAGUUCUAAAUCUUUUCGGUAAAUUUUAGUGAGGAUCAUUUAUACUUGUAGCAUGGUAUUUUUACCUUUUAUUUAUACCUUACUCAUGUGCACUGAGUUUAUAAUUCAUAUUUUAAGACUUAUUUUCAGCCGACGUAACGUAUUUACCGUGCGAUAAGGCAAGUGACUACGUAGGGUAAGAUAUUUUCCAUAUUGUUUUGACGAUAAAGCGAUUAAUCUGUAAAUAUCUAUGGAUAUACUCGGUAAAAUUAAUCAGUUUUUCUUUUGAGCGAAAAAUUUCGGAGACGCUAUUUUCUCUAGGAAUGAUAAAGCUUUAGAAUCGUUUUGUAACAAAAAUGUUCCGGAAACAACAGUUGCACUAGCCAUAGCUGCGUCAUAACAGCAAUGAACACUUCAUUAUCUAAAAAGAAACUCUAUAGAGACUGACUUACAACUGGAAUGACUGACUGACUUAGGACAGACGUUUUGACUUUACAAACAGCUGCAGAGGGUUCGCAGAUGUCACUUCAUACAAAAUAUCUUUUCACAAACAUUAAAGAGUAAAUUAUUGAGAUUAGCCGGCCGACUUCAAGACAGACACAGACAACAAUAUGACCACACGACUGGUUGCUAAUAACUGACGCGAUAUAUACAUUGCCCACUUGACAAGGAUAUUUAAGGACUGAUCAUAACUGUGUGACAAGCAGACAGACAGACACGCUGACACAGGCUGGUGUACUGAUUGACUGAAUGAUUGAGCAUUAUGCUAAAGACUAAAAGACCGCUGAUCAAAUCAACAAGUUGAUGACCAUCUGACUGAAUAACUAGAUGCCUGACUGACCAGGCUAACUGACAGACCAACCAACUUGACUUGCUUCUGGACUAUAUAGUCAACCGACCGACCGACAGCCAGACAUAUUGAUUAACUGACGGAACGACUGGCUUGACCCACCAACUACAGACUGACUGUCUCACAGACUGACCUUCUGACUAACUGACCGUCUGACAGACUGUCUGUCUGCUGGCAUGGCUGACCGACGGUCUCGGCCGCUCAAUUAUAGGCUGGCUUACUGAAUGUAUUCAAGGACUAACUAGCCCACUGUUUGAAACCAACCGACCAACAAUGAGUAAACUGAACUAACUAAUCAUAUAGACAAACUAACUAACGAUCGACUGAUCUACUCCAUGUAAAGUGGUUGAUUGACUGGCCAGCUACCUAUCAGCAUAACUGGCUUAUCGACGAACAGACGAAUUAGCGGAGUGAAUAAUAAACUUAAUGAUUGACCGUCUUCCCUACAUGCCCGGCUGUUUGAAAGGAGAUCGAAAGCUAAUCUUGGAUUAAAGGUUAGCCCAGGUUUCUUUCCUCUUGUUUAAAAGAGAUUUUUAUGACUAGUUUUAAAUUAUAGUUUGGUAGUAGUCAAAUGACAACUCAAACAGAAGUCUUUAUUUCUAAUUUUCAAAUUGGCAUAAAUCCUGGAUUACUGGCUUCAGCUGACCUCGCUUUGUUUAACAACCGGGCUCUGGGGAUAAGCACUUAAAAAAGCUGUUGACCGAACGAACUGAAUCUGACAAAACGAAUGAUUAACAUACAUACAAUGCUGAACAUCUACCUACUUUACGCUUACUGAAUUGUACUACAUACACUGACUGCUGUGACAAUCUUUUGAUAACUACAGAAGCUAACACUUGCGUGACUGUCUCACCGUGACUUAACUUAAUACUGACUACUGGGUAUCUACUGUGUACGCUGAUAACGCUAUUAAUGACUACCCGACUGAGCUUUACAUCACUGAAGUUGAGAAAACGAUGGAUUAACCUGUUAACUAGCUUAAACGUUUCUUAAAUCGAUGAAUAAAGGCAUUUGGCUGAUACGGCAUUCAGAUCGAACGACUGUGAGACAGACUCACUAACUGACGGACAGACAGACAGACAGACAGAUUCAAGAGGCCGGGAAAGACAGUCACACUGAUAGAUUACUGAUUAUUAUCAUUAUUAUCACAGACACACACCCACUUACUUCAGGUGUGUGCUGUCUUACUGUAACUAACCAUACUGACUGAGUGAAGGUUUUCUCUUACUAUAAAAGCUUAACAAACUGACAAAAUAACAAACCGACACACCGAUUGUUGUAUUCACUGAUGCUCUAACCUUUUUCUAACACAGAGAGUUCAGAGUGACUUCAUUAAAGAGAGCAACCUGUAAUAGACUGAACCAUGCAAUUACUGAACGACCGACUGAAUCACAAAGUCAACUUGCACAAGACAAACUAGACAACAGUCAAAAGUGAAACCAAAAUACUAUUCUAACUACUCCCUUCCUGAACUUCUUACUGAUGGACUACAAGAGUGACUGAACGAACUUUACUAACGGACUUAAUGGUUGUUUGACUUAACAACUAAAUGGGUAAUUCAGUGACUGACGAUAUGACCCUCCGAUGAAAAUCCAGUUGACUUUAUAAUGAGUACUAAAGUAAUCGAAUGAGGAUAUUACUUAUUGACUGACUAACUGACUGACUGACUGAUGUUUGUUUGGUUGACACUAUUGACCGAUUGACUCUCUGACCGACCGACUAACUGACGUACUGACUGACUGCCGGACUGACUGACUGACUGACCU